AUGGCGGCCCGGCCUUCCUCAAACGAGCCUGACACCAGUAUUGAGGAUUCGCUCGGCAACUUAGCCGCCGGCACGCUGCCCAACCUCGGUGAUGUCGUCGCCCUGAACGACUUUGAUAGGGUCGCCAGAAACUAUCUACGCACCGCCAACUAUACUUAUUACCGUAAUGGAGCCGGUGGCGAGUGGUCGUAUCGCAACAAUCUUGAGGUUUACAACCGUUAUCAUUUCAAGCCGAGCGUCAUGAACGAUAUCACUGAUAUUCAGUCUAGCUUGUCGUGA